CAGCAGGCGAAAAGGGAUGCUACGUAAAUCACCAACUCCUCCAUUGUUGACCUCAGAUUCCACCGCAUGCGGCAUUUUCUUUUCCUCUCAUCUGUGUCUUGGUUGGGGCUGUAAAUGCAUUCCAAAUCAAUGAACUGACUCCAUUGUUGUGGAGAAGUCCUUGUGUUUGCUUAAAUCCCGCAAAAUGCUGUAACUGAACUACAAAAUAAGGCAGAAGAAUCUUGAGAUGGAAGUUCUUGAGUCCUGUGCUCCAUGCAAACUUACUAAAUGGUUUCUAGGACAGGGAUAAAGAGUACAUAGUAAAGCAGUCAUAAUGGAUGCGUUGGAAACGUUCCGACACUCGAUUUAUCAAUGGCUGCUAAUCAAGAAAUUCAAGCUAGAUUCUACCUCAGUAGUAGCAAACAAUCCUUUCAUUGCUGUAAACUUCCCAAACAAUGUACUGCCAAAUGUCAUAAGAAGGCCGUGGAAGUUUGUACCUCCAUCAAGGAAAUGGGAACUGCAUUCAACUGCACAAACCAAGAGUACAGUCUUAAGUGAUGAAGAAAAGAAAUCAUGGGAUGCUUGCAGACCAGCUCUAUCUGCAUUUGAAUUUACUGUUGAGGAAGAGGACAAAAUAUUGGGGAAAGCGUUUGGCCAUAUCCACUCCCCAUAUUGGAGUGAAGAACGGAAAAUGGAAGUGCCAAGAUUUGAUGUUGUAAGUGAAAUUUUAAGCUAUCUAAGGAGCUUAAACCUCGCUGAUGAUGAUCUUUCCAAACUUCUGAAGAAGUUUCCUGAAGUUCUUGGAUGCAGCCUUGAAGAUGAAUUGAAGAACAAUGUAAAGGUUAUGGAGAACGAGUGGGGCAUUGAAGGAAAAACUCUAAAGAACCUCCUCAUGCGCAAUCCAAGGGUACUAGGCUAUAAUGUCGAUUGUAAGGGAGAUUGCAUGGCCAAAUGCACUCGCUGCUGGGUACGGUUCUAACUUGUUUCAAUUAGGCUUACACCUCAUGCAUACAUAAAUCUGCUUUACCUGUAAAAUUUAUAAGCGUCAUACUUCAGAGAGGUUUCUAUGUUGAUCUAUAUAGUCUGGAGAUGCUCCCAGCCUAUUGAAACAUAUUUUGUUUUUACUGUAAACGAACUCUUUGUAAUGGGAGCUUCUUUGAUCCUCUUCCUCUUUGAGAAUGAAGGAAGAGUUAUUUAUUUCUCAGAAAAAGAGAAUCAAUGCUGGAAGAAAGAUGUUCUGCACUUGCAUAUUUGACUUCCUAAAUUAUAUUGGAAACAAACUCAAUUGGAAGUUAUGUACUUGGACAACAGCUUUUUAUUUGCAUACUUCGUAAUACUAGCAGCAUUCUGGUA